GCAAUCCACAAACCAUCAUCAGCUUCCUCCGAGCAUCCGACUCCCUCCCUCGCCUCCGACCCAUCACACACACACAGCGCGAGCGUCUUAUCCGGGCCUGCGCGAAGAGAAGAGAAGAGUGCAGAGGAGCAUACAGAGUAAGCAACAGCAAUGGUGAGGGCUCCUUGCUGCGAGAAGAUGGGGCUCAAGAGGGGCCCGUGGACAGCGGAGGAGGACAUGACCCUGGUCGCUCACAUCGAGCAGCACGGGCACAGCAACUGGCGGGCGCUGCCCAAGCAGGCCGGCCUGCUGCGCUGCGGCAAGAGCUGCCGCCUCCGGUGGAUCAACUACCUGCGCCCCGACAUCAAGCGCGGCAACUUCACCAGCGACGAGGAAGAAGCCAUCAUCCAAGUCCACGCCAUGCUCGGCAACAGAUGGUCCACCAUUGCCGCCAGGCUGCCUGGCAGGACGGACAACGAGAUCAAGAACGUCUGGCACACACACCUCAAGAAGCGACUCGAAUCCUCGUCCAAGCCCUCCGGCCAGGCAGCGCCUAAGCGCAAAGCCAAGAAGCCUGCUGUGGCUGCGAGCGCGCUCGAGGGCCCGACCUCCGAGCCGGCGUCGUCGUCACCGGGGCAGUCCCUCUCGACGUCGUCCGCCACCGGCUACUCGAUGGCCUCGUCGUUGGAGAACACGGGAAGCUCUUCCUCGGAGGAGUUCCAGAUCGACGACAGCUUCUGGUCGGAGACACUGGCGAUGUCGGCGGACAGCUCCGGUUCCGGGAUGGAAUCCAGCGACACCUUCGGCGUAGAUAGUGGAGCACCGUCUUCGAGCAACGAUGAGAUGGACUUCUGGGUCACACUGUUCAUGCAGGCUAGUGACAUACAGAGUUUGUCACAGAUUUAACUUUUAAUGAGAAGAUUGGGCUAUUUUCGUAUUUCUCGCUAGCAUUCGCGGCGGACCAGGCGAGCGGCCUGGCCGAACCUGGAACGGGACGAACAAAGGGGCCAUUUUGGCCGGAAGUUUAUGUAGUUCGUUGGCUGAGUUGACCCUUGUUGCUGGCUCAGUUUCACGUGCGCAUUGGCUGGCCAUAGCGAGAGAAUUUUCUCCGGCCAGGACGUGAAACUGAAGGGACAAAUGAUGGGGCGGAAAGGUUGACAUGAUCAAAGACUGAAAGCCUGAUAAUACCUUUUAGCCGGAGGUUCAUAUUGCGAAAAGUCUGUUUUACUCAAGUAACCUUACUAAACCCUUUCUUCGUU